AUGCAGGUUGACCAAUCACCAGUCAAAGAUACAGAAAGUUCACCUAAACAAAAAACACAUGUGCCUGAAUCAGUAGUUCAAUCAAUGGAUGAUGCCCUUUCACUAAAAAAAGAGUUUGAUGCAAACGAGUUAUGGAAUGUACAUUUGAGUUCUUGGCAUCAAUUAGUUCAUUGUGGUAGCAAAAAAAGGCAUUGGGGUAUGCGGUUGACUCCAAAGACUGUUGUGGUCAAAGAGCUGAAGUUGACUAAUAUUGAAAAACUAAUUGAUGGAUGGAAUGAAAAUAAAAAUGACUCAAAAGAUAAUUCGGUUAUUGAUAGCCAAAAGUUUAGAAGCAGCAAACAGUUGUUACAGUUUGAUAAGAGUCACAGACCUGCAUUUUAUGGUUAUUGGCCUAAGAAAAGUGAAGUUGUUAAACCUCGUUGCCCUCUUGUUAAAGAUCCAGAGCUGGAUUAUGAGAUUGAUAGUGAUGAAGAAUGGGAGGAGGAGGAACCUGGUGAAAGCUUAUCAGAUUGUGAUAAGGAAGAAGAAGAAGAAAAUAUGGAGGAAAAUUUGUCAAAAGUUGAUGAUGAAGAUGAAAGUGAGGAUGGGUUUUUUGUUCCUGAUGGAUAUCUUUCUGAAAAUGAGGGUGUUGAAGUUGAAAGAAUGGAUCACAGUGAGUUAGUUGUAGAAGCAAAUGGCUCACCAAGUUGUCCCCAAAUAGAAACUGAAGAGCUUUCUUUAUUUUUCAAACAGCUAAAACAUCUCAACACUUUAACUGAACAUGCUCUGAAGAAAAACAGACCUUUUGUAGUUUCCAACUUAAUGCAUGAGAAGUCACAGUCACAAUCACAGCCUCUCUCUUCUACCCCAGAAAGUGAACAAACAUGCUUACAAGCUUUGAGCAUUCGUGCUUUCCCUGUGGGCCCAUCUAUAGAUUUAGUAGCUCCCAAUGACAUUCAAGAAGAUGAAAAACAGAAACAAGAAGACUGUUCUUCAAGUAGCAAAGCUGGUGUUGUUCCAGUAGCAAGUGGGGCCAUAAUUACUGAUUCAGACUUACCUGAAAUUGUAACUGUCAUUCAGUCUUGUCCACAUGGGAUAAAUGUAGUGGUGAAAAGUUUACGCAGCAAGUUUCCAAAUGUUGCAAAGUCUCAGUUGAAAAGUAAAGUUCGUGAGAUAUCUAUUUUUGUAGACAACCGCUGGCAGGUCAAGAAAGAGAUAUUGGAGAAGUUUGGCUUAUCGCGUUCUCCAGAGAAAACUGUGAGGCGAACGAAGUCUAUAGCGGCUUUUUUCUCAAAAAGGUGUCUGCCUCCUGCUGGUAAAACAACGAACCCUAAUCAAGUGUCUCCACAGCCGAUGGAAAAAGCUCCACAAGCUGCUGUUGAGAUGCAGAAUCAGAACAAUACAUACACGAAUCAGUAGCUUUCUUGUUUUCACCUAGUUUUGGUGGGUUUUUGGGUAAUCGAUUAUAUAUGGAUUAUGGCCUAGUGAAUAUCUUCAUAAACCUUUGAUGUUUUUGGUCAACU